AUGGUUUUGAAUGAUGGAAAAGAAGACGACGUGAUUACGAUUGAGAUUUUGGACGACGAUUCAGACGACGACGAGGAAGAAGAAAUAGAAGAGAAAGACGGGAAGAAGGAUGCGAAGAUGAGAUCGUCGUCGUCGACCGAAGAAGAAGAUGAUGAGGACGAGGGAGACGACUUUUACGUCGCGCAACAUCAUCGACAACAGAAACAACAACAACAACAAAAUGCAAGCUUUAAAGAGAAAGAAGAAGUGAAGAAGAAGGAAGAAGACAAAGACAGUAAACUGACGACGACAACGAUGGUGAGCGAUGGAAACGCGUUUACCAGUACUACGGAUGCGGUCGCGGCAAAGACGACGAUGGUAAAAUCAUUAUCGGAAAAAGAAGAAGAAAAAGAAAAAGGAGAUGAUGAGUUUGCUAAAAAAGCGCCUCUUCUGUUGGCAAGUCCGCAACCGAAGAAAGCUCCGGCGAAUGUUCCUUCUCCUGUUCCUCCUCCUUCUUUGCCUCUUCCUCGAGCUCCCGUCGUAGCGCCGCAACCGGCGCAACCGGCGGCUGUUCCUCCUCCUCCUAAACCGACGAGUAAACCGAAAAAGAAGAAGCGAGAGUUGCGAGAGAUACCGGAGGACCAUCGCGGGAAGCCGGUGACGUAUGAAAUCGACUGCAAGGAGUUGUUCGCGAAAUCGUUCGAUAGGAGAGAGGUUUUGAGAGAGGUUUUGGAGAGGAAAGGGGUGGCGUAUUCCUCGUCGUCGUCUGCGAAAAAUAACAAGAAGAAAGAAGCGGAAGGAGAACAUCUAGAAACAACGCUCACGCCAAAAGAAAUCGAAGAGUUGAAUCUCAUCAAAAGGAAGGCGUUGUUGGAAAACGACGAAACGAUUGAAAAAGCGGACGUAGAAAACGUGAAGGAGUUGGUGGAAGAUUUCGCGUCGUUUUUCAUCGCCACGUUUGAUGAGAAGAGGAAGAAAUGGGCGAAGAAGUGCUUUCGCGAAAACGCAAAGAGACGAAAAGCGAAAGCGGAGGAAAACGCCAAGAAUGGUAAGGGUAUAUUAACCGAUGGGUUGGAGCGUACGUUUGAGGCACCAGCCAGUAACGCGGAUUUCGAAAAAAUGAUGUUGGACCCGAAAAAGAUGUCGAUGGGAAAGAAAGCGGACGCAUUGGCGGUUUCUGCAGCGGUGAACAGAAUGCCGAAGUGCAGAGUGAGAGAAUCUGCGUUUGGCGUGACAAAGACGGAACGAGAAAUGAUGGUUCCAGCAGUACGAAUUCGGCCGGUGUCGAACGUGCCGGAAUACAGAGCUUACACGUACUCUGUCCACGAAAACAUCCGAGGCUCGGAAGAAGAGAAGAGAAGAAAGUUGCUCAUCUCUGAUCAGGACGGCGAAUACCGAGUCGCGAAUGAGAACGAUUCCGAUUAUAGCGACGAAGAGGAAGACUUUGAAACCGGGGAAGAACAGUACCCGUGGCAUCGACGGGACGAUCUUUUACUUCACUCGUGUGUUAAGUACAUCAUCGGUGAGAGCUCGAAAUUGGACGAGUUUCUCAUUCAAGAAGUUUCGGAACCAGCCAUGGCGGCGAACGGUAAGGCAGCGGCUGUUGAAGAAAAAGAAGAAGCCAAUCCGAGUAAAAUCGAAGAUACGACGAACGAAACGACGACGAAAAUGGAAUUCCAGGAUUUCGCGAUAACUGGCGAUGAACGAGUAGAAACAGAAGAGAAAGAUGAAGAAGUAGAGGUGAAGAAAGACGCGAUGGACAAAGAGGAGGACAAAAACGGAAAGGAGAAUAAUCUGUCCGACAACGACAAAACGAACACUGUCGCGACGCAAACGAAGAGGCAAUACACCGCAAUCGAUAUCAAAGCUAAGCAAAUAUUCGAAACGACGUUGUCUACGCUCGCCUCGUACAUCACUGGUGUACCACCGGUCAACUUUAUCGCCUUACGCGUCAAGUUACUUCGCGAUCAAGAGAGUGGUAUUCGCGACAUUGCCAAAGACAUAGAAUCUGCGCAUGACAAGAAUGCAAAAAACAACAAACCUACCAAAAAGAAGAAAUCGGCAUCGACUUCUCUGCCGAAAUUGAAAACGAUCGAAGCGAUUGCGAAAGAAGUCAUCAGCCGAGAAUCGAUCGACUUCUUGCCUCGAAGGUUGCAUGAGUACAAGAAUAUGGAAGCCGCGAUGGAUUCCUUUCGCACGUUGUUUUGUCCAAGAUGCCACAGUUAUUCGUGUCAAAUUCACGGCAACGGCCACUUACCAAGUGUUGGACGAAGGAUUCUUACGAAUUACAAACCCGAAUGGAAUAAAGGGAAAAUAGGGCACCCAGGAGGCCCGCAACAGAAAAAGAAGAAAGGGUACGUUCCCGUACCGGGUAGAAGAGCUGAACGCCACAGGAGUAAGGAGACCAUCGAUGCCAACGCCGAUGCCAACUCCCCGGCUGACAUGGAUGUCGACGAUACCAAUAACGAUAGGAAGGAAGAUGGUGGACAAAUGCACACUGAUAUCAACAACAAUGCUGAUAGUAACGAAGAAGGUGGAGAUAAAGAAACUCCUCUCAAGUCUGAUCCGGAAGCAAAUUAUUUAGCGCUUGCGAAACCAAUAGAUCCGUGCCGGAGUUCUCAGUGUUGGCGUUCGAACGAAGCAUUAUUCGCACUAAUGAAAAAGUUGCAACCGCCAUGGCUUCCUCCGUCCGACCGCGUGUUUUGCUCGCCGAUUCCCGCAGAGAAUAACGAUAAGGCGAUCGACCCGAUGGAUAUUUCCGAGGCGGUGAUGGCAGAUUUCCUCUGCAGAGAUAAAUCCAUCACCGACGAGAACUUAUUGUCCAUCGCUCAAAAGUUGAAGCACAGUACAAAGUGGGAAAAUUGGGUCGUCGAAGCAUUCGACAAAUCGUUGGAUAUUUUCGAAGAUUCCUCGAAUCCUUGCGCGGUGGCGGGCUUCUUAGAACCGUGCGAAACGAAACCACCGUCGUGUAAAAUCGUUUGCGAAGAAAUGCUCUCGAUGUUUUGUGAAGAUAUUUUGGAAAAAAGAAAGGAAGACAGAGCAGCUGAAGAGGCGAAAAACGAGGCGACAGAUGGUAACACAACAGUGGUUGAUGCCACGACAAUGACGAUGGACGCUAGGAAAAGAAAGGGAUCAAGACUGAUUAACCGAACGUGGGAAACGCAAGCGGAAAUCAAACAACUUGGUAACAAUCGACACCGACGAAAAGCCGCCAAGAAGGCACAAAAUGUUGGUUAUCAGGGUACAGUCGCAAAAAGUACAGUCGCGCGAAGAAAAGAAGCUUCUGAAGGCGACAAAAACGCUUUGUGGUGCGAAUACGAGCCGUGUAAUUGCGAAGGCGGCGUCUGUACGGACGAGUGUCCGUGCUCGGUGAAUUGGAACUUUUGCGAAAUCAACUGCGGGUGUGGCGCAGAUUGUCGCAACGCAUUCAUCGGAUGUAAUUGCAAAGGUGAUUGCACCAAAGCGACGUGCCCGUGUAAAAUGGCUGCCAGGGAGUGCGAUCCAGACAAAUGCGCCGAGUGCUGGCCGUCGGUUCGAGAUUUUUCGAGACGCAAGAGAGAGCUGGAAGGCAUCACUCUCGAUACGGAAAUCUUUUCCAGCGAUCCAAAAUUGGAAGGUAUCACCGAAGUUAACGUGAAACGCAAGCACGAAGACAGGAAAGCGCCGUGUGAAAACAUGAAGCUCCAAUUGAAAGAGCACGCGCACGUUUUACUGGGCAAAUCUCCAAUCGCUGGUUGGGGUGCCUUCUUCGGCUGCGAUGCAAAAAAAGACGAUUUCUUGGGAGAAUACGUUGGUGAGAUGAUCACGCACGGCGAGGCUGAAAGGCGAGGGAGCCAAUACGACCAAACCAACUCAAGUUUUUUGUUUAACUUGAACAACAAGUGGGUCUUGGACGCUUAUUCGAGAGGAAACAAGUUCAAAUUCGCGAAUCACUCGAAGAAACCGAACUGUUAUCCCCUCGUGAUUUACGUGCGCGGGAACCACCGCAUCGGCAUUUACGCUAAAACAGAUUCCAAAUUCGGCGACGAAAUGUUCUACGAUUACGGGUAUACGAAAGACAUUAUCGGAGAAGCUCGCGUUUGGGCGCACGACGACGAUCAGCAAGACCAAGGGAAUUACCGAAAGUAA